GUCGGCAUGUUCAGCCUUAUACGGCCGCCUGCGUCAAGAUCAUUCAGGCUCUCGUCUACUCCUCUCUCUGUCCGCCGUCUCACGAGCUCGCGUUAUGCAUUCCCAUGCUCUCGACGUGCUGCUCCCUUAAGGCUACCUACAAGUCACCCAAAUUUCUGUUUUAAUAGUGUACGGAGAUUCGGACACCUCGCAGGGAGUAAUAAAGAACCUUCAUCCAAGUCCAAGGAAGAAGACGCGAGGACAAGCCCCAACCCCAUCAAGAACGCAGCGGAGAAGACCGCGAAGGAUCUAGGUGCGGAGAAACAACUUACUGUUGCUCAGCAGCGAAAGAAGGAUUGGGCAAUAAUCAAGAAGCUGCUUGUUAAUAUAUGGCCCCAGGGAGAUUGGAAUGUACGGAGUAGGGUGUUAUUUGGCUUUGGGUUGCUAGUUGCGGGUAAGGUGCUGAAUGUACAAGUGCCUUUACUGUUCAAGAAUAUCAUCGACGCUCUUAAUGUCGAGAUCACGCAAGACACUGCGGUGUGGGCAAUUGCAGGAGCGCUUAUUCUGGGAUAUGGUGCUGCACGAAUAGGAGCAACUCUAUUCACUGAGCUCCUCAACGCCGUUUUCGCCAGCGUCGGACAGAAGGCCGUCCGCAGAGUUGCGCGAGAGACUUUCGAACAUCUCUUGAACUUGGAUCUUAAAUUCCACCUCUCAAGACAAACUGGUGGACUAACUCGAGCAAUUGACCGCGGGACAAAAGGCAUCACGUUCAUCUUACAGUCUUUGCUCUUUCGCGUUGUGCCGACUGCACUUGAGAUUUCCAUGGUUUGCGGGAUAUUGACUUAUAAGUUCGGAUGGGAUUAUGCUGCAGUCGUGGCUGGGACCAUGGUUGCGUACACCUGGUUUACCGUGACUACAACAUCAUGGAGGACGAAAUUCCGUCGUGAUGCAAAUAAAGCGGAUAAUAAAGCAGCGACCAUAGCUGUUGACUCACUGAUAAAUUAUGAGGCAGUAAAGAACUUCAAUAACGAAAAGUUCGAAAUCCAACAAUACGACAAGCAUCUCGCCGAGUACGAAAAGUCAUCCGUCAAAAUAACGACUUCCUUAGCAUUCCUGAAUUCCGGACAGAAUGCCAUAUACUCAAGUGCCUUGACGCUCAUGAUGUUCAUGGCAGCACAAGGAGUUGUCAAUGGCACAAUGACUAUAGGUGACCUUGUAAUGGUCAACCAACUUGUCUUCCAACUUUCGUUACCUCUGAACUUCUUGGGAACGAUAUAUCGCGAGCUACGACAAAGUUUGCUCGAUAUGGAAGUUUUGUUUAACCUUCAGACUGAACACACACCUCCUCCGGAUAAACCAGAUGCCAAACCACUCGCGCUCAAAGGCGGCUCAAUCCGCUUCGAGAACGUGAAUUUCGCUUACCAUCCCGACCGCCCCAUCUUCCGAAACCUCUCCUUCACCAUCCCCGCAGGCAAAAAAGUCGCUCUCGUAGGUCCCUCAGGUUGCGGGAAAUCUACCGUCUUCCGUCUUCUCUUCCGUUUCUACGACCCUUCCUCGGGACGAAUCCUUAUUGACGAUCAAGACAUCUACUCCCUCCAGCUUGCUAGCGUGCGUCGCGCGAUCGGCGUAGUUCCACAAGAUACACCAAUGUUCCAUGCGGAUAUCAUGCAUAAUAUUCGAUAUGGUCGGAUAGACGCGAGUGAUGAGGAGGUUAUUGAGGCGGCACGGAGAGCGCAUGUGCAUGAUACAAUUAGGAGGUUGCCGGAGGGGUAUAAGACGACUGUUGGUGAGAGAGGGUUGAUGAUUUCGGGUGGAGAGAAACAGAGGUUGGCGGUUGCGAGGGUGUUGUUGAAAGAUCCGCCGAUUCUUUUCUUUGAUGAAGCAACUUCAGCACUUGAUGCCCGUACAGAGGCGGAGCUUAUGAAAAACAUCAACAGCAUCCUCCUCGAUAAACGCCGAACAAGUAUUUUCAUAGCUCACCGCAUCCGAACCGUCGUCGAAGCUGACCUCAUCCUCGUCUUCAAUCACGGAGAAGUCGUCGAACAAGGUACACACCAAGAGCUGCUCGACAAGGGUGGUCUAUACUAUUCCAUGUGGAUGGAGCAGGCUUACCAGACUAUCGAGGAACCUAGUGAGGAGAGCUCCGUACAGGAAGAAGAGUCUGCAUUAACGAAGUAAUGCCAUUUCAUCACACCCUCUUCCCUUUAUUGUCGCGGAGGUUCUAUCGUGAUUUUCACGUUAGUAAUAUUGUAAUUGAUUUCCCGUUCCGGUUGGUAGACAAUCCGAGUAUAAUUGCUAUGUUCCUUUGUAUAUACUUUGUCAAGAUUAACAUACUAGAUCCUCAAUUCCGC